GUUUUCCAUUCCACAAACUCAUCUCCAAAUUUUCCUACCAUGAGAGGGAAUAGUAUUUUGGGGAAAAAAAACCGACCCAUACCCGAAUCCAUUAGUCACCGGAUCUUGUUAGUUGGAGACAGAGAGCACUGAGAUUGACUGCAAGAGCAGCAAUAUUUCAAUUUUUAUUUCUUUCCUUUCAAAAUUGAGACUUUCGAACUCGAACGGACCUCAUGGCGAAGCCCGAGCCCGAACCCAGGGCUCGAACCGUCCUCGAACCACUCACCCAAUUUGACCUCUCUACCCACUCACAAUCCCCGACCCGAUCCCUCGCCAUCACCACCGUCUCCGAUUCCCAAACCCUCAUCUACAUCGGAACUCUCGCCGGAACCCUAAUUCUCCUCCAAUCCUCUCCUAAAACCACCUCCUUUUUGCAAGCCAUUACGGUCGCCGACGGUUCUCCGAUCGAUCGCAUUAUCGUCCUCCCCGAGAUCGCAAAGCUUCUCGUUCUUUCCGAUGGAUCUCUGUUCUUGCUCGAUUCGUUUCUGUCACAGCCCGCCAAGAAGCUCGCUUUCUUCAAAGGAGUCUCCGCGAUCACCAGGCGAUUUCGUAGCACUGGUAAUCAAACCGAGAGUACGGAUUUCAUCGACAGCACCGCUUCUUCUUCUUUGGAGCACGCGAGCGCGAGUCAACGGCUUUUACAGAGGUUGAGUGGUGGAAUCAGAUCAAACGGUUUGAAAAUCAAAGAAUCCGAACAACAACAACAACAGCAGCAGCAGCAGCAACAGAGUGAAGCUAAUAAUUUAGGUCAUUUCGUUUUCGCAGUUGUGAUUGGUAAACGAUUGAUACUUGUAGAGCUCGUUUUUGGCAAUAGAGUGAACAAAACCGACGUUGAUGUUAAUGGCGUAUACGGUUCUCUUGUGGUUUUGAAAGAAAUUCAAUGUAUCGAUGGGGUUAUCACACUUGUGUGGCUUGACGAUUCCAUAGUUGUUGGUACGGUUAACGGUUAUAGUUUGUUUUCGUGUGUUACGGGACAGAGUGGGAUUAUAUUUACGUUGCCGGAUAUGUCUACCCCGCCACGGCUCAAAUUGUUGUGGAAAGAGUGGAAUGUGUUGUUGUUAGUGGACAAUGUGGGUGUUCUUGUUGAUGAACACGGCCGGCCAGUUGGUGGGAGCUUGGUGUUCAGGCGUGGCGGACCGGAUUCUAUUGGGGAGAUGUCUUCCUAUGUGGUUGUUGUGAGGGAUGGGAAGAUGGAGGUGUAUCAUAAGAAGUCGGGUAGGUGUAUUCAAUCGAUAAGUUUUGGUGGGGAAGGAGUUGGAGCUUGCAUUGUUGCUGAUGAGGAAGUUAGGAGUGGGAAACUUGUUGCUGUUGCAACACCCAACAAGGUUAUUUGCUAUCGUAAAUUACCUUCUGAAGAACAAAUCAAAGAUGUUUUGAGAAAGAAGAACUUUAAAGAAGCCAUUGCCUUGGUGGAGGAACUUGAGUGUGAUGGUGAAUUGUCAAAGGAUAUGCUCUCCUUUGUUCAUGCUCAAGUGGGUUUUCUAUUGCUGUUUGACCUGCAUUUUGAGGAAGCAGUAAAUCACUUUUUGCAGUCAGAGACAAUGCAGCCUUCUGAAAUAUUUCCAUUUAUAAUGCGAGAUCCAAAUCGCUGGUCACUGCUGGUUCCUAGAAACCGAUAUUGGGGUUUGCAUCCACCCCCUAAACCUGUUGAAGAUGUUGUAGAUGAUGGGUUGUUGGCUAUCCAAAGAGCUACCUUCCUGAGAAAAGCAGGUGUAGAAACUUUAAUAGAUGAUGAUUUUCUUUUGAAUCCACCAAGUAGAGCUGAUUUAUUGGAGUCAGCAAUCAAGAACAUUAUCAGGUAUUUGGAAGUUUGUCGGGAGAAAGAGUUAACAUUGCCAGUGAGAGAGGGAGUUGACACACUAUUAAUGUACCUUUAUAGAGCUUUAAAUCGUAUUAAUGACAUGGAGAAGCUGGCAUCUUCAGAAAACAGUUGUAUCGUGGAGGAGUUGGAAACUUUAUUAGAUGACUCUGGCCACCAACGGACGCUUGCCUUCCUCUAUGCAAGUAAAGGGAUUAGCUCAAAAGCUCUUGCUAUUUGGCGCGUUUUGGCAAGGAAUUAUUCAACUGGUCUCUGGAAAGACCCCACUCUGGAGAAUGACAUACAGGAUACCAGUAAUAAUGGUAUCUCCAGUAAGGAGAUUGCUGCAGUUGAGGCAUCAAAGAUUCUUGAGGAAUCUUCUGAUCAAGAUUUGGUUCUACAACAUCUUGGAUGGGUUGCUGAUAUCAACCAGGUGCUUGCUGUUCAAGUUUUAACAUCAGAAAAAAGAGCCAAUCAACUUUCCCCAGAUGAAGUUAUUUCAGCAAUUGAUCCAAGAAAGGUAGAAAUUUUUCAAAGGUACCUCCAGUGGUUGAUUGAAGAUCAGGACUGUGAUGAUACUCAAUUCCAUACAUUAUAUGCUCUAUCACUUGCCAAAUCAGCAAUUGAAGCCUUUGAAGCUGAAAAUACUUAUCAAAACAGUGACAUUGGAAGGGUAGAUGAGACAGUAAUUUCUGAUAAUAGAAUGAACUCGAUCUUUGAAAGUCCACUUCGAGAAAGACUGCAGAUAUUUUUGUCGUCUUCAGACUUGUAUGAUCCAGAGGAAGUUCUUGACUUGAUUGAAGGAUCGGAGUUAUGGUUGGAAAAGGCAAUUCUUUACAGAAAACUGGGUCAAGAGGCAUUAGUGCUCCAAAUUUUGGCAUUGAAACUGGAAGAUAGUGAAGCAGCUGAACAGUAUUGUGCAGAGAUUGGCAGACCAGAUGCCUAUAUGCAGUUACUUGAUAUGUAUUUGGAUCCACAAGACGGUAAGGAGCCAAUGUUUAAGGCUGCUGUUCGCCUUCUACACAAUCAUGGAGAAUCAUUGGAUCCUUUGCAAGUUUUGGAGGUAUUUGGGAUCCAAUGGGUCAUGCUAGGUUCUGUGGAUUGUUUGGUGUCUUGUUGGAGUUUUUGGUUGGGGAAAUUUUCUUCGGACAUUUGGAAUAUAGUUCCUGGUUGUUUGAUGUGGGUUGUUUGGAUGGAAAGAAAUUGGCGCUCUUUUGAGGCUAAAGAGAAAUUGAUUGUUCAGUUACUAGCUCUAUGCUAGAGUACUUUGUUUGAUUGGACUAGGUGCUGGGGCUCUUCGACUUGUUCUUCCAUCAUUUUCUUUCUUCUCUUAGUAUUAUCACCUAAGCUGCUUUUUUUAAUCUUUGUUGUUGUUUGUUGCUUUUUCUUGUGUUCACCAUCAUGAACACCUUGUACUUGCUUUAUUCGUUUUUUCUUCUUGAUUAAUACUAUUCUUAUUACUUAUCAAAAAAAAAAAAAAAAAUCUUUUCCAUCAUUUUAUUCUUUCUUUUUUUGGAUUAAUAUUUCCAUCAUUUUAUUCUAGUGGCCACAUGUAUUCUUUUCCAUCAUUUUUUAUAUUUGGAGUCUUAUUCUCUAUAAUCUCCUUAAUUGACCCAUCCGUUUUUACUACCACUACUAAUGUAGAAGAUUUCUGGAGUUGGAUAAAACUAUCUUGCCCCUCAUUCUCGUAGAGUAUUUCAAGAUCCUGUUUUAUAACAAAGAUAGGUUCUAGUUGACCAGAAGUUUUCUCCUAUUGCAUGUUACACAUUGCUUUCUUUAGUAAGGCCACACCCUUUAAUUAUAAACCACCUCCCCCCCCCCCCCCCCCCCCUCCUCUUUUCCCCAGCCAAUGGAUGAAAAAUCCAUGAUGUCUUUUUUUCCCCUCCAUAGAUUUUAGUUCAUUACAUUAUACAAGGUAGAGAUGGAACCCUCAUAGCAUGAAUUGAUGAUGGCAUCUAUGCUUGUUUUAUUCAAACUCGGUAAAUAUUCAGGCUUUCUAUUUUUAAGAUGGUAUGGGUUCUGGGGUUAAUGAGCUCUAGACCAAAUAGCACUUCCUUCUCUUAUAAGAGCCAGGUGGGGAAGCAGGUUUCUAUUCAUUAAUAAACUGAGUAAAAAAUAUGCCAUCAUGGCCAGAUUUGCUUUAUGAACAAAAGGGAGUUAAAGGACUUUGGGAGGCUUUGAACACUGUGGUGGUCAGUUUUAACAAGAAGAUGUGGUUUUACUUAUCAAAAAAAAAAAAAAGAAAAAAAAGAAGAAGAA